CAAGUUUCAUGGAAGAAUCGACGACAACAAUUUAGGAUUGAUCGGUCGACACAGUGCCGGUCCGGAAUCGCCGGAGGGAGAAGCUAUGGUGACGAUUCUAUCAACUCCUCCUCUCUCUCCAAGACUUACAUUUCUCUGUGAAACAAAACUGUCAUUAUCUCGGAGCAGCAAACGCUCGGUAUGUUGUUCAUUGAGUGAAGAACAAAAAGACCAAAGCUUGAGUCGGAGAAGUCUUGUUUAUGUUUUGGUUGCUUCGCCGUGUUUGUUGUUUCCGGCGUUAUCUUCAUCUGCGAAGACUAAAUCAAAGAGCCCUUAUGAUGAGAGACGGUUACUAGAACAGAACAAGAGGAUACAGAGAGAGAACAAUGCUCCUGACGAAUUUCCUAACUUUGUUAGAGAAGGUUUUGAGGUUAAGGUAGUAGCUUCAGAGAAUUACAUCAAGGCUGAUUCUGGCCUCAUAUAUCGGGAUUUCGAUGUUGGUCAAGGUGAUUCCCCAAAAGAUGGUCAGCAGGUGACUUUUCACUACAUUGGCUACAAUGAGUCUGGAAGGCGAAUAGAUAGCACUUACAUACAAGGCUCUCCUGCUAGAAUCCGCAUGGGAACCAAUGCACUUGUUCCAGGAUUUGAAAUGGGAAUUCGUGACAUGAAGCCCGGUGGGCGAAGAAGGAUUAUUAUCCCUCCAGAAUUGGGACCUCCGGUGGGACCUUCGACCUUCUUCAGCUCAAAGCAAUUUGAAGUUUUCGAUGUGGAGUUGCUCAGUAUCCAGAAUUGUGAGAGGAGGACAAUAAUAGGUUUCUACUCAGACGUCACAUGCAGUUAACUUCUAAAUGAUGGUCACCACUAAGCUUCACUGAAUCUACUCGAAAUUCUAAAUCUGCACGGCAGAUGAGAACUGCAAAGAAACAAAAAGAACAAAUCUUCUUUGCUUAAGCAUUUAUCUUAUGGGUUUCAUGCAGAGGUGCACAAUUACAUAGAGAGAGAUAAAGAUCAUGUAAAGUC